GCUACAUUGUAAAACAAAUUAGUUCUGCAGCACAUACGUUUGAGAAUUGUGUGUUUGUCUAUAUUAGGGUUGCUGAGAAAUUGCACUUUUUACUACUCUGGAUAUUUUUCUGCCGUGCAUGGUUAUUCAGAGUGGCAAAGAAAUGGAUUUCCAGAUGGUGAACAACAGAACAAACAAACAGAUCAGUACUGGACCUUAUCCACUGAGACAAAAGCGUCUUUCUAGCUUCCAGGGAGAAACUGAAGAGAGAGAAAAAGAUUCUAACAUUGAGAGCUUUGUGACCAAUUUUUCAAACAUCUUUGAGUCAGAUCUUUUGCCUACUCAGAAUGGCGAGGAACUGACAGAACGUUUCCUGCAUGAAGUUGUGGGUAUUCUCCUGAGUUACAUCAAAAAGACCUAUGAUGGAAAGACCAAAGUGCUGGAUUUCCAUCACCCUCACCAGCUUCUGGAAGGGUUGGAAGGCUUCAGUGUGGAACUUUCGGAUCAGCCAGAACCUCUGGAACAAAUACUUGUUGACUGUAGGGAUACCUUGAAAUAUGGAGUCAAAACAGGGCACCCUCGUUACUUCAACCAACUUUCCAGUGGCCUCGACAUUAUAGGACUUGCUGGAGAAUGGCUGACGGCUACAGCAAAUACAAACAUGUUUACUUAUGAAAUAGCCCCAGUAUUCAUUGUAAUGGAGGAGAUCGUACUUAGAAAAAUGCAAGAAAUUAUUGGAUGGGGAGAAAGUGAAGCAGAUGGCAUAUUUUCUCCCGGGGGCAGCAUAUCAAACCUCUACAGUGUUCUAGUUGCCCGCUAUAAACGUUACCCUGAGAUUAAAACCAAAGGCAUGGCAGCCAUUCCAGACAUCAUACUCUUUGUUUCUGAACAUAGCCAUUAUUCCGUAAAGAAAGCUGCAGCGGUUCUUGGGAUCGGAAUGGAUAAUGUUAUUGUUGUCAAGUGUGAUGAAAGGGGGAAGAUGAUUCCAUCUGAACUGGAGGAAAACAUUAUUCAAGUCAAAAAACAGGGCAAAGUACCAUUGUAUGUGAGUGCCACAGCUGGGACAACUGUGUAUGGAGCUUUCGAUCCACUCGUUCACAUAGCUGACAUCUGCGAGAAGUAUAACCUCUGGAUGCAUGUGGAUGCAGCAUGGGGAGGUGGCCUGCUUCUGUCGAGAAGGCAUUCCCACAAACUGAGCGGCAUUGAAAGGGCUAAUUCUGUCACGUGGAAUCCUCACAAGCUGCUGGGAGCUCCACUGCAGUGCUCUGCUUUCUUAGUCCGUGAGAAGGGUCUUCUCCAAGCCUGUAAUCAGCUCUGCGCCGGAUAUCUCUUCCAACCAGACAAACAGUAUGACACAGCUUACGACACUGGGGACAAGGCAAUCCAGUGUGGCCGGCAUGUUGACGUAUUCAAGCUGUGGCUAAUGUGGAGAGCUAAGGGCACACGAGGAUUUGAAAAGCUUAUCAACAGAUUUCUAGAACUUGCAGAAUACCUUUACAAGGAACUGAAGGCAAGAAAGAACUAUGAGCUUGUGUUUGAUGCCGAGCCUGAACUCACCAAUGUGUGUUUCUGGUACAUCCCACCCAGCCUUCGAAAGAUCCCAAAGGGACCAGAGAGAGAGAAAAGACUGCAUCAGGUUGCUCCAAAGAUAAAAGCGAGGAUGAUAGAAGAAGGUACUACAAUGGUUAGUUAUCAGCCUCACAGAAACCACGUGAAUUUUUUCAGAAUGGUCUUCUCUAACCCAGCAACCAAGAAAUCAGAUGUUGAUUUUCUCUUGGAAGAAAUUGAGAGGCUUGGGAAGGAUUUGUGACAGCUGGCCAUAAAUCUCAAAAAGUGGGGACCAACAUUUCAUUGGUGUAGUGGAUCCUGUUUAAAGUUUUGUCACUGUUGUUCUGAUGACCUUGGGUGCAAUAUUGAGGCUCUUCAAAAUAGGAACAAACUGUGGUUAGAAGCUGCUCAUCUUUAAAACUAUCUUCAAAUACAAGAUCUAUUAAUAUAGCAUUUAAGGAAGGGGUGGGUAGAUGGUAGACUAGUAGAUAUCCUGCAUCUCUGGCUUCCAUGUGUCUAACAAUAUCAGCACUUUUUAGGUGGUGAAUUUUAAGCUUGCAUAAGGUCUGUCAUAAGGCCAGCUUUGUCAUGCUGGCCACAUGACCUGGAAGCUGUCUGCGGACAAACGCCGGCUCCCUCGGCCUAUAGAGUGAGAUGAGCGCCGCAACCCCAGAGUCGGACACGACUGGACCUGAUGGUCAGGGGCCCCUUUACCUUUAAGGUCUGUGAAAAGGGUGUGUGGCAAGAGAGAUGUAACUUAAGCUGGACCCCAGGCUUUGGCAGCUCAGUCAUGUGGCUUUGCAACCUGCCCCAAAGCUGAUGUAACUCAAACACUAUAUAAAAGGUUUGUUUUCCCUCUGCCAGGCUAGCUCUGCCAGCAGUAGCCAUGCUGUUGAAUGGAGUUUGGAUGUGGCGUAGCUUUCUUUACAUCAGCUUAACUCACACCAGCUUGCUUUACACCAGCUUCUUGUGCAGAGGAUAUUGCUCCCUUAGGUUUUGUCUGUUAAAUCCUAAUUCUCAGAUUUGGGAUGCUGUUUUCCUUAUGCAGACAAGAGGAGUCCAUGUAUCAUUUUCAUAGAAUUAAUAGGCCCAAGUCUAGGCAGAUAGAUCGAGACACACAAAAUUACGGUGCACUUUUCAUUGCCUUUGAUUUGAACCAAAUGUACCAGGGCACAAUGGACCAACAGGUACAAGCCUGCCUUAUUAUAUGAUGGCAGCCCUAAGCAAAUCAAGCAUCACAAGAGGUCAAAAAUACACAUUUCUUUCUUCUGCCUGUUAGAUCCAUAGGGAUGAUUAUUAUUAUUUUUAUUUUUUGAUGUCUGAAUAAAUCCUUAAUAUUUAUUAGGAAAUUAUAUUUGUGUUGUGUUGAAAAGGGGCAUUACUAUCAGGGACAUUGACAGGGAUCUCAAUAAGCACAGAGUAAUAGAUUAUUAGAUGAAGUUAUAUGGAUUUAAUGUACAUAAUCCAGAAUAUGAUGAACAGCAUUGCAGAAAAUAUUGCCAUUGUAUUAUGAAUGCUAAAUAAAUUAAUAAACGCACAAGUGAUUUCCCAGUUAUGUAAAACAUGGUUGAUUUCUAUGAAUUAUGUACGUGAAAUAUGCAUGUUAAGACAGAGGAGGGUUCUUGUUUUCAUCUAGGUAUGUGUCCUGUUCAUUUGGUGUUAGCUA